AUGGCUCAAUCCACCGAGCCGCGGAGGCGGUUCGCUCCCGUUCCCAUCGAGACCACCUUCGAGUCUGUACGCAAGACUUCUGAGCAACAGCCGCAAUCUCAGCAACAACAGCAUCAAACAGGCCCAGCACCUGAGUUGACCCCCGAACAUACCCCGCGAACGCCCUCUCCCAAUCCUUUCGAGCAGCGGAUGCAGCAGCCGCCGCCA